GCUCGAUCAAGUCCUUGCAACUAUGAAAGACUUCCCAAGAGCCUGGUAAAACUGAACCAAAUGUACGACGAUGUUAAGACGUUCGUAAUUUUUUUGGGCUACUCAACGCCUAUGGAAAGUCUCACAAGUGCUAUGUUGAAUGCACAUCCCGAAAUACUCAUUCCUCAGCAGUACGAUAUCAUCGGGAACUGGAAGAUGUUUCGCGACAAAAAUCUUCAAGAUCUUGGCCAGCAGAAAUACUUGCUAUUUUUCCAUUUGCACUAUCUUUCACGAUACCAAUCUUUGUUUAGGAAUAAAGCCAACAAACCCAGUCAGUUCUGGUUGUGGACUUAUAAAGGCGAUAUCGUGCCCAACUUCUUUGUUCCUGACUCCCGGCUGGAAUCUAUCAAAGGAAAAAUUAAGGUUGGUAUUUUAAAAUUAGUUACUCAUAGGAAGGCCCAUAAACCCAAUAUUGUCGGUGCGAGGAUCAUAAGUAUAUUUUUUAGGCGAGGACAACAUGCUGGGAAUUAGAGCCAGUAAAUUCAUUUAUUUUACUCAUUUUUUUUUUUAAUUUUUCGUUUUAGCUGGGAUCUCACUUCUACAACCUUCACGUAAGAACGCAAAAGCUCUUAUCCCAAAGUAACCUUUGUGUCCUCGUGACAGCGUAGAUAGAAAUGAAUGUGAUAUGCAUUUCAAAAAUUUAACCCACAGAAAUUAAUCACACAGACCAUGUGCGUUGUUAAAACUUUGUUUUGACAUAUUUAGUGCGUUCAAGUGAUCAUAUUUAGAAUUAUAUCCGCUCAAAAUUAAAUACAAGCUGGAAAACGAUUGUUUUUCCACAUAAAGAAGGGACAAAUUCUCGAUAUUUUGUCGGCGUUAAGUAAAGAACAAUUCUUCUAAUAGCGCUUGUUGGAUGUAUGUAGAAUACUUCAUGGAAAGUGCGUGCGUACGAGUUGUUGAUGUAUCAGAAAUCGAACGAGUGAGCGCAUCGAACGAGUGAAAUUUCUGAUACAAAAACGAGUGCGUAAAUACUAUACAAAGCACUUUCCAUGUGGUAUUGUGUUUAUUACAUACAUAUUGAGACACUCAUCAUUUUGCCAGCCUUUUAUUUCAAAUCUUCCAAAAUCCUAAAAUCUCAAGGGGUCUAAAGGCCUGGAUCAAAGGUGAAUGAUUGGCAAUAUCUCUCGCUAGGAGACCUAGAAAAAAAUGAAUUUUUCCCCAAAGGUAAAUCUUGAGGUUUUCUUGUGCCUUAACGUUUAAUUAUGGUCACGUGACAGGUCACCUGACCAAAAAUUGAAAAUGACGGGAAAUUGACGAAUUGGUGGCGAAUUCACUUCGUUAGGAGAAAAAAUUGGCAUUUCUGAUAAAGGAUAAAAAUACCUUACUUUCUACCUUUGGAAUGAACGUACGCGAAGUUUGAAAUUAAAGUUUUAAUUAAUUUAAGAUUAAAUUUGGGCAUUUAAAAUGUUCCUUCAUAAUUUUUUUCAUUGAAGCACAAUGGACGGUCAUUCCAAACCUGAAGUGUUUACUUAGAAAUAUUUAAAUAAAUAUGAGUUAGAAAAAUGUUAAUGCUCGACGAUUUAUUUUCUUAAACCGGCCAGUAAUUGGUCAAUAAUUUUCAAUUUUUGCAAAAUGGUCACGUGCCAAAUCACGGGACUUAUUAACACCAUAUUUAUACUUUAAAAUGUUAAAGACGAUGAGUUGUUUGUGUGCAAAAUUUUGACUUCAAAGCCAUCAUCUAUGCCGAAGUUAUAGCCAAUAAAUCAUUUUCCACAGGUAAACGCCUUAGUCCCAGGUCUUAAACUACUUGAGAAAGCCAAAAUAUGCCGCUACACACCACGAAAUGACAAAGAAUACGAAGUAUAUUAGUAACCUUAUUAAAAAACGCUUGGUAAAAAUUAUAAUGAGGGUAAGGAUAUGAAGUAGUCCAGGAAUUACAAGUAAUAUUAACUUUUUUUUUCUGAAUGUACAAAAUUAAAUAAAAUGAACGAUUUUUGUUUUACACUUUUCUACGAGAAAGACUCUAGUUUAUCGGGUCUUUUCUUCUGAACGUCUGCGAAGCAACUCGCAAAUUAUAAAGUAGGGGCACUGCAAACUGCCUCCUUCAGGGAACUCGAGAGCCUAAAAACGAGACAAGAAACAAAAAGUGCAUUUAAACCUACUUUCUCAGUACUUUAACAGCAAAAAAGAUAAAUAAAUAAAUAAAUGAAGAAAUAAAUAAGUAAAUAAAGUAAAAUAGAAGGAAGUGGACGAAAAGUGCGAAUUGAAUGCGAAACAACUUGAAAAGGAAUUAACAUAGGCAGGGUAUAGCGCGGUUACAGGGCUUUGUUCAAAGGUUAGGAUUAAAAUCCUGGAAACAUUUUAAUAUUUUUCAUUACAGAUUAUUGGUGAUUCAAGUGGUUUAACAACAACUAUGAAACUACACGGUCAAAAUAAUUAUACAGUUCUUAAAGAACUUCAAACUGUCGUGGGCAUUCCAGUCAAGUUUGUGCAUCUAAUUUCAAAUCCAUUCGAUACCAUUGCCGUAGAUUUGAAGCAGGUAUGACGAUAGCCAAUCAGUAAUUACUAGUUUUUAAUGUGUAUCAAGUAACUCAAAUGUGAGAGAAAUUUUUAAAAAAAAAUAGGAAAGAAAGAGAGAGAAAGUAAGAAAAGAAGAUACCACAACAGGAAAACCUGAACAUUUAAACUAGUAAAUAUGACAGGAUAAGCUAUGUAGACGUGAAAAGAAUGCUGAACUUUCUGUCGUGCUACAUGGACCAAAAUAAACCAGGAGCUGAUUAAAAUUGUAGCUGGUUCCUGAUGUAAUUGUGUUAAGUGUUCUUUAAAAAAAUGAAUAAAUAAGUAACUAACCAAGUUUUGUAGUAGAAGUCCUUCCUUCUUGUAUUUAACUUGUAUUGCAUUUUAGGCCAACAACUCCAAAGAGGUAAGAAGAGCGAUCAGUACUUUCUUUGGAUUAGUCCAGACCAAUGAGGAUAUACGCAAGAAUUAUGGCCGUGCUGUGUUGGAUGUCAAUACUAACGACUUAAAAUUAAGACCAAGGGACACGCUUAAGACCAUUUGCAGAUUCUUGGAUACUAAAUGCGACGAUACUUAUUUGGAUGGAAUUGAAUAUCUCUUCAGAACAGAAAUUCUUUCAAAGCAUCGUCAUCUUGUUAAGUGGACAAAAGACUUCAACGAUUCGAUUUUGACUGAUAUGAAAAAAUACUCUUUUCUUCGGCCGUUUCUCACCUGA